AUGAUGGCCAACGAAGUUAUUACAAGAGAUGUUGGGUUACAUAACAUAAAGACGAGCUUAUCGAAUUCAAAUUCCAACUCAUCUUUAAGUGAUAGAAUCGAUGAUGUUAAUAACACAAACACUGAAGAUAAUGAAAACAUUAAUAAUGAAAACACAAAUAUCGAAAAUGCAAAUAUCGAAACAAAUAUUGAAAAUGGAGUGGACGCCAGUACAAAUAGUUCAAAUAAUCAAACAAAUAAUAGCAUAAAUAAUGAAAAUUCAAACGGUUCGAAUCCUUCCGAACCAAACAUCCCUAAUCCUGGUGAAGGAAGAACUUUUGGUCUUAAUUUCUUAUCAUCAUUUAGUCCUUUAAGGUCCCAACCACAAUCUCCAACAAGAAAUUUCAUGUCUAAUAGUCCAACAGUUGGAAAUUUUAAUAAUGUCGAUGAAGAUGCAGAUGCAACUAUGCAACCUGAUACUCCUAUUGAUGAACAUGAUAUAGAUCAAACCAUGGUAAGAGAUGAUAGAGAACAACAAGAAUCAACACCUCCACUUGAAGAAUGUAUUGAAGAAGGUCAAGGUGAAGGUACUCAUGAAGGAGAUAUAAUAGCAUCAAAUAAAGAUGAAGAAGAUGAUGGCAAAGAUAAAGAUGGAUUUUAUUCUUUAAGGUUAACUCCAUUAAUCGAUCAUUCGUCAUCUAAUUCAGGAUUAUAUUUUGCCCCUGUCAUAAGAAAAGCUAAAUCCCAAAAUUCUAUUUCAAUCGGUCGUUAUACAGAGAAGAAUAAAAGUGCUGCACAUGCACCUCAAGGAUCUAAUGCCCCCAUAGUUUUUAAAUCUAAAGUUGUUUCUAGAACCCAUGCAUUAUUCCAAUGUAAUGAAGAAGGUCAAUGGUUUAUUAAAGAUUGUAAAUCAUCUUCAGGUACAUUUUUAAAUCAUAUAAGAUUAAGUCCCGCAUCACAAGAAAGUUCAUUAAUGCCAUUAAUUGAUGGUGAUAUAAUACAAUUAGGUAUGGAUUAUCGAGGUGGUACCGAAGAAGUUUAUAGAUGUGUUAAGAUGAGAUGUGAAUUCAAUAAAAGUUGGCAAAGGAAAGUUAAUCAAUUCAAUUUAGAAAUUCACAAAAAAUUUAAAAAUUUAUCAGUUAAAGAAACUAAUCCUUUAAAAAAUGAUGAAUUAAGUGAAUGUGCUAUUUGUUUAUUAAAAUUAGAACCUUGUCAAGCAAUCUUUAUAAGUCCAUGUUCCCAUUCAUGGCAUUAUAAAUGUAUUAGACCAAUAAUAAUAAAGAGUUAUCCUCAAUUUUAUUGUCCAAAUUGUAGAUCAAUGUGUGAUUUGGAAACUGAUAUAGAUGAUGAUUAA